ACUCUCUCUCUCUAAAAGUUUCUCUGAAAAUUGCAGUUUGGGAAUCGGCGUGGAAUGAGGAGGCGGUGAGACUGAUCGCCGGCCGACGAUCGGAAAAUGUUGGAGGAUCAGGUGGCGUACCUGUUGCAGAGGUACCUUGGGAAUUACGUCAGAGGACUCAACAAAGAAGCCCUCAAGAUCAGCGUUUGGCAAGGUGAUGUGGAGCUAACAAACAUGCAGCUGAAGCCGGAGGCACUUAAUGCAUUAAAGUUGCCUGUGAAGGUUAAGGCUGGAUUUCUUGGCUCAGUGAAACUUAAGGUUCCAUGGAGCAGGCUCGGUCAAGAUCCGGUUCUAGUUCAUCUGGAUCGCAUUUUUUUAUUAGCUGAACCUGCAACACAAGUUGAAGGGUCUAGUGAGGAUGCCAUCCAGGAAGCUAAGAAAAACAGAGUGCGGGAAAUGGAAAUGAAGCUUGUUGAAAGGGCUCAACAAUUGAAUUCUGAAGUGAAUACAUCAUGGUUGGGUUCUCUUAUCAGCACAAUAGUUGGAAAUUUAAAGCUUUCAAUUUCAAACAUUCACGUCAGAUAUGAAGAUAUUGAGAGCAAUCCCGGACACCCUUUUGCAGCAGGCAUAACCUUGGAGAAACUCAGCGCUGUGACAGUUGAUGACAACGGGAAGGAGACUUUUGUUACUGGGGGUGCCCUAGACCGUAUACAAAAGUCCGUUGAACUUGACUGCCUUGCACUUUAUUUGGAUUCUGAUAUUGUCCCAUGGCACCUCAAUAAGCCCUGGGAGGAUUUGCUUCCUUCAGAGUGGGUUCAGGUUUUUAGAUAUGGCACCAAAGAUGGAAAACUUACCGACAGACUUGUCAAGAAACACACUUAUAUUCUGGAACCAGUGACAGGAAAUGCAAAGUAUGCAAAGCUACGCGUAAACGAAUUUGCUGAUAGUGGUCAACCUUUACAGAAAGCAGCAGUGAAUUUGGAUGAUGUCACUCUAUGUUUACAUAAGGAUGGAUACAGGGAUAUUUUGAAAUUAGCCGAUAACUUUGCUGCCUUUAAUCAACGCUUGAAAUAUGCUCAUUUUCGUCCACACGUCUCUUUGAAAUCUGAUCCUCGAGCUUGGUGGAAGUAUGCUUACAGAGCUGUUUCUGACCAGGUGAAGAAGGGAAGUGGAAAAUUGCCAUGGGAGCAAGUUUUGAGGUAUGCAAAAUUACGUAAAGAAUAUAUCCCUCUUUAUGCUUCACUACUUAAAUCUGAGCCCGGUCGGCUAACAAUCGAUGACAAUGAAGACAUUGAGAAGAUGGAUCGUGAACUUGAUAUUGAACUCAUACUUCAGUGGAGGACGCUGGCUCACAAGUUUGUGGAGGAGUCAGCAGAAUCAGACGUCCAGUCAAGGAAAGAGAAAACCAAAAGUUCGUGGUGGUCGUUUGGAAGGAAUAAUCAGUCCCUUAAAGAUGAAACCGAGCCAUUUCAUUUCAGUGAGGAAGAUUGGGAACGGCUAAAUAAAAUCAUUGGGUAUAAGGAAGGCGAUGAUAAUCAGUCAGUUUUAAUAAAUGACAAGGUGGAUGCUCUUCAUACUUCCUUAAAUGUUUACAUGAAACAUAGUGCCACUAAACUUAUUGACGGGUCCAACGAGUAUCUAGCUGAAUUAUCAUGUGAAGGACUUGAUUGCUUCAUAAAGCUUUAUCCAGAGACAAAAGUUUUUGACGUGAAACUGGGGUCAUAUAGGUUAUCAUCACCAAAUGGUCUCCUUGCUGAGAGUGCAACCACUUAUGAUUCAUUAACUGGAGUUUUCUGCUAUAAGCCUUUUGAUGUGAAAGUUGAUUGGUGCAUGGUUGCUAAAGCUUCUCCCUGUUAUGUGACUUAUAUAAAGGACACUAUUGACCAAGUUAUCAAAUUUUUUCAAAGUAGUACUGCCGUCAGUCAGACCCUAGCUUUGGGAACUGCUUCAGCUUUGCAGACGACGAUAGAUGGAGUAAAGCGUACUGCUCAGCAACAAGUGAACAAAGCAUUGAAAGACCAAUCCAGGUUUCUCUUGGACUUUGAUAUUGCUGCUCCCAAGAUCACAAUUCCAACUGAUUUUUGUCCUGACAAUAAGCAUUCGACAAAACUUAUGCUUGACUUGGGAAAUUUGGUGAUUCGUACAAAGGAUGACUUUGAAUCAUCCAAGGAGUUGGACAUGUAUUUGCAGUUCAAUUUUGUUUUAAGGGAUGUAUCUGCUUUUCUGGUUGAUGGAGACUAUCAUUGGAGCCAAAUUGCUGCAAAUAAAUCUGCUCCUGCCCACUUAAAUUAUGCUAUUUUGUUGCCUGUUAUUGAUAACUGUGGCGUAACGUUAAAGGUUGAACAGAUUCGACUAGAGAAUCCAUCCUACCCUUCAACAAGGCUUGCAAUACAAGUACCAUCAUUAGGGUUUCAUUUUUCUCCAGCACGAUAUCAUCGGUUGAUGCAAAUAGCAAAGUUAUUUCAGGAUGAGGAUAGUGAGAACUCAGAUUUCGUUCGACCUUGGAAUCAGGCUGAUUUUGAGGGGUGGCUGUCUCUUCUUACUCGCAAGGGUGUGGGAAAUAGAGAGGCAGUGUGGCAGCGGCGAUAUCUUUGCCUAGUCGGGCCUUUCCUCUAUGUUCUCGAGAACCCUGGCUCUAAAACAUACAAGCAAUAUAUCAGCUUACGUGGAAAGCAUAUAUCUCGAGUUCUGCCAGAGAUUGUUGGUGGUGCAGAUCAUGUACUGGUUGUUUGUGAUAGUGCACGUCCAGACGGCAAGGUUGUUGAGGAUGCAAAUGCGUUGAUACUGCGAUGUGAUUCUGAUGAUUCAAGUAGGACUUGGCAGAGUCGUUUGCAAGCGGCCAUCUAUCGUGCAUCGGGUUCUGCUCCUUUAACUAGUCUAUCGGAAACUUCAUCAGAUGCUGUUGAUUUAGAAUUUGAGCUUAAUGACAACACUGAUGCACUCAAUCUAUUAGCAAUGGAGAGAAUUUUUAUUACUGGCGUUCUUGAUGAAUUGAAGGUCUGCUUCAGUUAUAGUCACCAGCGUGAUUGCAGCUUUUUGAAGGUGCUCCUAGCUGAAGAGAGUCGCUUAUUUGAAUUUCGAGCUAUUGGUGGUCAGGUUGAGGUAUCACUAAGAGAGAAUGACAUGUUCAUUGGCACAGUCUUGAAAUCUUUGGAGAUUGAAGAUUUAGUUUCCUGUAGCAGUGUAUCUCGACCAUGUUAUGUUGCUAGAUCAUUUAUUGGAAGUACGGAUGCUUCAACCUUUGAUGAUGCUAGGAAUCAGAGUUUUGAAAACAAUGAUGCAGGGACAAGUGAGGGGGACGAUAAGUUCUAUGAGGCACCAGAGAAUUUGGCCGAUUCUUCUGAUUAUCCAAUGCAAUCACCAAGAACAAUCUCAGGGAAUCUGAGUGACCAAAAGUUGCUUAGAUCUGAAAGUUUAUUUUCUAAGCUGCCCAGUUUUACCCAUAUUCGGGGUCUACUCCCGAGAGAUGUCCUUCAAACAACCAAGGAGGAUGUUGAUCACACUGAUACACUGGACAGUUUUGUGAAAGCUCAAAUAGUCAUCUGCGAUCAAAACUCCCCUAGAUAUAAUAACAUAGAUACACAGGUCACUGUCACCCUUGCUACCUUGUCAUUUUUCUGUCGUAGACCCACAAUACUUGCCAUUAUGGAAUUUGUUAAUUCCAUUAACAUGGAUGAUGAAGGCUGUGAAUCUUUCAGUGACAAUUCUUCUGGAGCAGUAGUUAAACAUGGCAUCUCUAAAGACAAUGUGGUUGACGAUCAACUGUCAACAACUACUCAGUAUGAUGUUGUUAAAGGUUUGCUUGGAAAAGGGAAGUCUAGAGUAGUAUUUAAUAUUACACUGAAUAUGAACCGUGCUCAGAUUUUAUUAAUGAAUGAAGAUGGAACCAAACUUGCAAGUCUUUCACAAGAUAAUUUGCAAACAGAUAUCAAGGUGUUCCCAUCCUCUUUCAGCAUUAAGGCAUCCCUGGGUAAUCUUAGAAUUAGUGACGACAGUCUUCCAGAUGAUCAUAUGUAUUUUUGGGCUUGUGAUAUGAGAAAUCCUGGGGGCAGUUCAUUUGUUGAGUUGAUUUUUACUUCAUUCAGUGUUGAUGAUGAAGACUAUAAAGGUUAUGACUAUAGCCUCUUUGGACAGCUUUCGGAAGUACGCAUUGUAUAUCUGAAUCGGUUUAUACAGGAGGUUGUUAGUUACUUUAUGGGUCUUGUUCCCAACGAUUCAAAAGGAGUGGUCAAACUGAAAGAUCAACUUACAAAUUCAGAGAAGUGGUUUACAACUAGUGAAAUCGAAGGAUCACCUGCAGUGAAGUUAGAUGUUUCUCUUAGAAAGCCCAUAAUAUUAAUGCCUCGAAGAACUGACAGCCUCGACUAUUUGCAGCUUGACAUCGUUCACAUAACUGUCCAGAAUACUUUUGAAUGGUGUUUCGGAAGUAAAAGUGAAAUUAACGCUGUGCAUUUGGAUGUAUUAACAAUUCAGGUUGAGGACAUCCAUUUGAAUGUUGGUACUGGUACCGAUGUAGGUGAAAGCAUAAUUCAAGACGUUAAGGGGAUCUCUAUUGUGAUUCAGAGAUCACUUCGAGAUUUGUUGCAUCAAAUACCAAACACUGAAAUUAAAAUCCAGAUAGGAGAACUUAAAGCAGCUCUAUCAAACAAGGAAUACCAGAUUAUCACUGAAUGUGCAGUGUCUAAUAUCUCUGAGACUCCACGUGUUGUUCCUCAAUUAAACCAUGGUUCUACCAGUUCUUCUGCUGAUGUAGUAGAAGCAGAAGCUAUCAUUCCUCAGGAUGUGGAUGUUCUUUCAUCUCAAAAGGCAAAUGGGGAAGCCUGGAUUGUGACAGAAGUUUAUGUAAUCAUUGGCUUGGUUGAAUUGCGAUUAUAUACAACACAGGCAAGAGAUGCAUCUCUUGCCACGGUGCAGGUUACUGGUGCAUGGCUUCUCUACAAGUCUACUUCAGUUGAAGAAGGUUUUCUUUCAGCAACGUUAAAGGGUUUCACUGUGUGUGAUGAUCGUGAAGGAACUGAACAAGAAUUUAGGUUGGCAAUAGGAAAUCCUGAGAACAUUGGUUCUAGUCCUUUACAUUCUGUUGCUGGUGAUGACGAGUCACAUCACAAGGUUGAUCAGAAUAUUGUGAGAGACAAUGAUGUCAAACUCGUUCCUACAAUGCUUAUUCUUGAUGUGAAGUUUAGCCAGCUUUCAACAUUUGUUUCCUUAUGCAUCCAAAGGCCAAGACUGCUUGUUGCACUUGAUUUCCUGCUUGCGGUAGCUGAGUUUUUUGUCCCAACAGUUGGCAAUGUAUUGUCAAAUGAAGAAGACACUACAUCUUUUGAAGUAAUUGAUGCAUUGAUUUUAGAUGUGUUAACUUAUAAGCAACCAUUUGCUGAAGUCUCUCUCUCUCCUAAACGACCUUUAAUAGUUGACGAUGAGAGAUAUGACCAUUUUGUUUAUGAUGGUGGUGGUGGAAUAAUAUAUUUAAAAGAUAGGCAUGGAUCCAAUCUUACAUCACCCAGCAUAGAGGCUAUAAUAUAUGUAGGCAGUGGGAAAAAGUUGCAAUUCAAGAACGUUGUUAUCAAGAAUGGAUUGUACUUGGAUUCAUGUAUAUCUCUUGGAAGCAACAGUAGCUAUUCGGUCUCAAUUGCUGAUCAUGUCUUCUUGGAGGGUGGCGAUGAAGGUUCUUUCCACAACUCUUCAAGGGAACAUGUCAAUCAUGUACCGUCUCAGAGUGUUUCACUUGAGAGAUCGGCAGAGCUUAUAAUUGAGUUGCAGGCUAUUGGCCCAGAGCUGACUUUUUAUAACGCAGCAAAAGAUGUUGGGAAAUCACAUAUUCUCGCUAACCAACUCUUGCAUGCACAGCUGGAUGCAUUCUGCAGACUUGUUUUGAAGGGCAAGACCGUUGAGAUGAAUGCAAGUGCCCUUGGUUUGACCAUGGAGAGUAAUGGAAUCAGAAUUUUGGAGCCUUUUGACACCACUAUAAGCUAUUCAAAUGCUUUGGGAAAGACCAAUAUACAUUUAUCUGUUUCAGAUAUAUUCAUGAAUUUUUCUUUCAGCAUUUUGAAACUGUUUUUAGCCGUCGAAGAAGACAUUCUGGCAUUUUUAAGGAUGGCAGGAAAGAAAAUGACAGUGGUCUGCUCCCAGUUUGACAAAGUUGGAAGUAUAAAAAGUCCUUAUUCAGACCAAAUAUAUGCCUUUUGGAGACCUCAUGCACCUCCUGGUUUUGCAGUUCUUGGUGACUAUCUGACGCCAGUGGAUAAGCCACCUACAAGAGGAGUUAUUGUUGUAAAUUCAAACUAUGCAAGAAUUAAGAGACCUGUAUCUUUUAAAUUGAUCUGGUCGCCUGUAGAUUCUGGGAGCGUUUCUGAUCAUGAUAAAAAAAAUUCAUUGCCAAAUGGUGCUUUUGAUGGAGAAAGUUGUUCAAUUUGGUUUCCCGAAGCGCCCAAAGGUUAUGUUGCAUUAGGCUGUGUGGUUUCUGCUGGAAAAACACAACCGCUGCUGUCUUCUGUCUACUGUAUCUCGGCUUCAUUAGUUUGCUCAUGUUCCUUGAGAGACUGCAUUGCAAUCAACACUACCAAUUUGAACAUACCAAGUUUGGCAUUCUGGCGUGUCGAUAAUUCUCUUGGAACUUUCUUGCCAGCAGAUCCAACUGCUUAUAACUUAGCUGGUAGAGCAUAUGAUUUGCGCCACAUAAUAUUUGGCACUUUGGAAGGCUUUUCAAAAACAUCCCAGAGUAUGAAUGCCCAAGCCUCGUCAUCUAGCCACAGUCGCAACCUCCAAUCAGUAGGACCACUAUUGAACUCCGCGUUGCACUUUGAAGCUGUUGCUAGUUUUCGAUUGAUAUGGUGGAAUCAGGGUUCAAACUUGAGGAAAAAACUGUCUAUUUGGCGUCCAGUGGUCCCGCAGGGAACAGUAUUUUUUGGUGAUAUUGCUGUCACAGGGUAUGAGCCCCCAAAUAGUUGUAUUGUUCUUCGUGAUACCGGAGAUGAAGAGCUUUUCAGAACCCCUCUGGACUUUCAGCUUGUUGGGAAAAUCAAGAAACAUAGAGGAAUGGAAAGUAUAUCUUUCUGGCUACCUCAAGCUCCUCCUGGCUUUGUUUCCUUGGGUUGUAUUGCAUGCAAGGGAACCCCAAAGCAAGAUGAGUUUAGUACGUUGAGAUGCAUGCGCAGUGAUAUGGUUACUGGUGAUCAAUUUUUGGAGGAGAGUCUUUGGGAGUCUUCUGAUUCUAAGCUUGAGACAGGGACAUUUAGUAUAUGGGCGGUUGGUAAUGAGCUGGGGACCUUUAUUGUACGAAGUGGAUUUAAGAAACCUCCAAGAAGAUUUGCUUUAAAGCUUGCAGAUACCGAUGUACCCAGUGGUUCAGAUGACACUGUGAUUGAUGCAGAAAUUAGGACUUUCUCUGCUUCACUUUUCGAUGACUAUGGUGGCUUGAUGGUUCCAUUGUUCAAUGUGUCUUUGAGCGGACUAGGGUUUAGCUUACAUGGAAGAAGGGACUAUUUGAAUUCUACUGUCGGCUUUUCUUUGGCAGCUAGAUCAUACAAUGAUAAGUAUGAAUCUUGGGAGCCUCUUGUUGAGCCAGUGGAUGGAUUUUUAAGGUACCAGUAUGAUCUCCAUGCUCCAGGUGCAGCUUCUCAGAUACGGCUGACAUCUACAAGGGAUCUUAACUUGAAUGUUUCUGUUUCAAAUGCUAAUAUGAUUGUUCAGGCUUAUGCAAGCUGGAGCAAUCUGAGUAAUGUCCAUGAAUAUAAUGCAACAAGAGAGAAGUUUUCUCCCACACUCGGUGGAGGAUCAAUUAUUGGCAAUCAUCACAAGAAGAACUACCAUAUUAUCCCAAAAAACAAACUUGGGCAGGAUAUAUUUAUAAGAGCAACCGAAUCAACGGGACUCACAAAUAUCAUUAGGAUGCCAUCUGGGGAUAUGAAGCCUGUGAAAGUGCCGGUUUCAAAGAACAUGUUAGACUCACACUUGAAAGGAAAACUUUUCAAGAAAGUUAGAAGAAUGGUGGUAGUUAUGAUAGCUGAAGGAGAGUUCCCAGGAGUUAGACGGUUGACUUUCCCUCAGUAUACUUUAGCAAUCCGUCUCACUCCAGACGGAAGUUUAUCCAGUGAUUCACUGCUUCAUCAGCAGAGUGCCCGCACUUGUGGAAUGGGUCCAGAUCAUCUGUCUUCUGAGCUUUCAUUGGUUAAUUGGAAUGAAGUAUUCUUCUUUAAAGUUGAUACUCCGGAGCAGUACAUGGUGGAAUUAGUUGUGACGGACAUGGGGAAAGGUGCGCCUAUUGGAUUCUUCUCAGCCCCUCUAAACGAGAUAGCACAAAACUUUGAAGUAAAUCCACAUACAUCUGACCUUGACCUUGCGAAUAAAUGGACCUGGAUAGAAUUAUCCUCAGCAGAAACUACGAAUACGAUUCAAGGAAAUGACAGUAAAAAGUCGUGUGGAAGAGUGAGGUGUUGCAUACUUUUGUCACCAAGACAUGAAAUUGAGAACAAUAAUCAAAAUACUAUUAGUAACAGAAGAUCUGGAUUUAUUCAGAUAAGUCCAAGCAGGGAAGGGCCUUGGACAACUGUAAGACUGAACUACGCUGCCCCUGCUGCUUGUUGGAGACUGGGGAAUGCUGUCGUUGCCAGUGAAGUAAGUGUCAAAGAUGGCAAUAGAUACGUGGAUAUAAGAUCUUUGGUCACAGUACAUAAUGCUACGGAAUUUAUACUUGAAUUGAGUCUUGUUUCCCAAACAUCCAGGGAAAGAAUGGGGUCGCUAGAUGAUGCAAGUGACCCUGAAGGUUUACAGAUUGAUUUAAAAAGAGAAAUUGACAUUGGAACUUUGAGACCUGGAGAUACCAUACCCCUUCCUUUAUCCGCUUUGACACAAGCUGGAGUAUACUUUUUGCGAUUAAGGCCUUCUAACCCCAGUGAUCCCAACCCCAGUGAUCCCAUUGAAUAUUCUUGGAGUUCUGUGGUAGGUAGGCUUGAUCAACCAGAGGAUCCAAAUAAACUCUGCCUGCCUUCUGGAAUAAGUGUAUCGUCUCUCACCGAGUCUGAGGAACUUCUGUACUGUACCGAGAUAAGUGGGACAUCUUCAAGAAACUGCCAAAGAUUGUGGUUUUCUGUAAGCAUACAAGGAACAGAGAUUGCAAAAGACAUUCAUUCUGAUCCUAUACAGGAUUGGAAUCUUGUGGUCAAGUCCCCAUUAUCUAUCACCAAUUUUCUUCCUCUUAUGGCUGAAUUUUCUGUUCUGGAGAAGCAAACAAGUGGAAAUUUUGUUUCUUGCUCAAGAAGUGUAUUCUCUCCUGGAAAGACCAUGAAUAUUCAUAAUGCUGAUAUUAGAAAUCCUUUAUUCUUUUCAUUGCUUCCAAACAGAGGAUGGCUUCCUGUGCAUGAAACUGUCCUUUUAUCGCAUCCUCAUGAAGCUCCAUCGAACACAAUAAGUUUGAGAAGCUCAAUAUCUGGAAGGAUUGCUCAAAUUAUCCUUGAACAAACUUUUGAUAAAGAACGACCCCUGCAGGCCAAGACUUUUAGAGUUUAUGCACCGUAUUGGUUUACAAUUGCUCGAUGCCCCCCGCUCACGUGUAGGCUUCUAGAUAUAACAGGAAAAGGGCAGAAGCGGAAGUUCAGUGUUUUUCAUUCUAAGAAGAAUACUGAAGUUAUCCUUGGGGACAUAACAGAAGAGGAAUUGUAUGAAGGCCAUACAAUCGCAUCAGCUCUGAACUUUAGAUCGAUGGGUCUUGCAGUUUCUAUUGCUCAAUCUGGAAAGGAGCAGUUUGGACCUGUUAAGGAUCUUUCUUCCCUGGGUGACAUGGAUGGAUCACUGGAUCUCUAUGCUUAUGAUGAAGGAGGAAAUUGCAUGCAACUGUUUAUUACUACAAAAUCAAGCUCUUUUCCAUCUGUACCUAUAAAGGUUAUAUCCGUUCGGCCCUUUAUGACUUUUACCAACAGAAUUGGUCGAGACAUGCUGAUUAAGUUAAGUAGUGAAGAUGAGCCGAAGGUUCUUCAUGCAUCAGAUUCAAGAGUCUCCUUUGUAAAUCGUCAAUCAGGUGGACUUGAUAAACUUCAGGUCCGGUUGGAAGGCACCAAUUGGUCAUUUCCUGUUCAAAUUGUAAAAGAGGACACAAUUUUUCUUGUUUUAAGGAGGCAUGACGGUUCUAGGAUUUUCUUGAGGACAGAAAUUCGGGGCUAUGAGGAAGGAUCACGCUUCAUUAUUGUAUUCCGCCUGGGGUCAACCACUGGUCCUAUCAGAAUUGAGAAUCGAACAACCAGCAGAAAAAUAAGUAUUUGCCAGUCUGGUUUUGAUGAAGGUUCCUGGGUUCAUUUAGAACCUCAUUCAACAACAAAUUUUUCAUGGGAAGAUCCAUAUGGCCAAAAAUAUAUCGAUGCUAAGAUUGAUUGUGGGUCUGGUAUUGGUGUUUGGAAACUUGAUUUGGAGAGGACUGGAUUGCAUGCUGCAGAAAAUGGAGAACUAGGAUUGCAGUUUCAUGUUUUGGAAAUGGGUGAUUUUAAGGUUGCUUGGUUCACAGAUGAGAAGACUUCAGCGUCAAAUUCAGCUGAAGAAAUUAGGUGUUUGCCACUUGAUGUAAAUUGGGAACAUUCUUAUAUGCAGACAAAGAUACAGAAAGAUGCUUUGCCUAUUGAAGUUAUAGUUGAGUUGGGAGUAAUAGGGGUUUCUGUUAUAGACCACAGACCGAAGGAGCUCUCCUACUUCUAUUUGGAGAGAGUCUUCAUCUCAUAUUCAACUGGCUACGAUGGUGGGACAACAAGCCGAUUCAAGCUCAUAUUGGGCCACUUGCAGCUGGACAACCAGCUUCCUCUAACUUUGAUGCCCGUGCUGUUGGCACCUGAAGCCACCUCUAGCAUGCACCAACAAGUGUUCAAAACGACCAUCACAAUGCGUAAUGAGAAUAUUGAUGGGAUCCAGGUCUUCCCGUAUGUGUAUAUAAGGGUAACGGAAACUACUUGGAGGCUCAAUAUUCAUGAACCAAUAAUUUGGGCUUUUGUGGACUUCUACAAUAAUCUCCAUUUAGACCGUCUCCCCAAAAGUUCUAGCGUCAAAGACGUUGAUCCAGAAAUACGUAUCAGCUUAAUAGAUGUUUCGGAAGUAAGGAUGAAGUUGUCACUGGAGACAGAACCAUCCCAGAGACCUCAUGGAGUUCUAGGAGUGUGGAGCCCUAUACUAUCAGCUGUUGGAAAUGCAUUCAAGAUCCAGGUGCAUCUGAGAAGGGUGAUGCAUAAAGACAGAUUUAUGCGGAGAAGUUCUAUUGCUUCUGCUAUUGGUAACCGUGUUUGGAGGGAUUUGAUCCAUAAUCCUUUACAUUUGAUAUUCUCAGUAGAUGUACUUGGUAUGACAAGUUCAACAUUAGCUUCUCUUAGUAAAGGGUUUGCAGAGCUUUCAACUGAUGGACAAUUUUUGCAGCUACGUUCAAAGCAGGUGUGGUCAAGGAGAAUUACUGGAGUGGGUGACGGAAUUAUUCAAGGAACGGAAGCUCUUGCACAAGGUGUUGCUUUUGGGGUCACUGGAGUAGUAAAAAAGCCCAUGGAGAGUGCCAGACAGAAUGGUUUGAUAGGUUUUGCUCAUGGACUUGGGCAAGCUUUUUUGGGAGUUAUUGCACAACCAAUGAGUGGAGCUUUAGAUUUCUUCUCAUUGACUGUUGAUGGGAUUGGUGCGAGUUGUUCUAAAUGCUUGGAGGUUUUGAGUAGCAAAACCACGUUUGAAAGAGUCAGAAACCCCAGGGCUAUUCAUGCGGAUGGUAUACUGAGAGAAUAUUGUGAGAGAGAAGCUCUUGGCCAGAUGGUACUUUACCUAGCAGAAGCAAGUCGACGCUUUAGCUGUACGGAUAUAUUCAAAGAGCCCUCAAAAUUUGCGUUGUCUGAUUAUUAUGAAGAUCAUUUCGUUGUGCCACACCAAAAGAUUGCUCUGGUGACCAAUAAACGUGUCAUGCUGCUUCAGUGCCAAGCUCUAGACAAGAUGGAUAAGAAACCUUGCAAAAUCAUGUGGGAUGUGCCUUGGGAAGAUCUUUUGGCUUUGGAGUUGACGAAAGCAGGUGGCAAUCAGCCAUCACACUUGAUCCUCCAUCUUAAAAAUUUUAGGAGAUCGGAAAAUUUUGUCCGAAUCAUAAAGUGCAAUCUUGGUGAAGAAUCUGAAAGAAGUGAGCCCCAAGCUGUUAGGAUCUGUUCAGUUGUCCGUAAGAUGUGGAAAGCAUACCAGUCUGACAUGAAAAACCUAACUUUGAAGGUUCCGUCAAGCCAGAGAUAUGUGCAUUUUGCUUGGAAUGAAGCUGAUGGGAGAGAACUGCGGAGAUCAAAUAAAUCUAUUGUUAGAUCGAGAGAACUCUCAUCACCCAGUGCUGCAUCUGAUGAGAGAAGAUUUGUUCAACACAGUAUUAACUUCACAAAGAUUUGGAGCAGUGAACAAGAGUCAAAAGGUCGAUGCACGUUGUGUAAAAAAAAGGAUUUGGAAGAUGGUGGAAUGUGUAGCAUUUGGAGACCAAUUUGUCCAGACGGAUUUGUAUCAAUAGGGGAUAUUGCUCGUGUUGGCAGCCAUCCUCCAAAUGUUGCUGCUGUUUAUCGCAAUGUUGACAGAUUAUUUGCACUUCCAAUAGGUUAUGACCUGGUGUGGCGGAACUGCUUGGAUGACUACGUGACCCCAGUAUCGAUAUGGCAUCCUCGGGCUCCAGAGGGAUAUGUAUCUCCCGGUUGCAUAGCUGUGGCAAGUUUUGAAGAGCCCGAACACGAUGCGGUCUACUGUGUGGCUGAAUCACUCGCAGAGGACACUGAAUUUGAAGAGCAAAAGGUUUGGUCUGCUCCGGAUUCUUACCCAUGGGCAUGCCAUAUCUAUCAAAUCAAAAGCGAUGCUCUCCACUUCGUUGCUCUCAGGAAAAGCAAGGAAGAUUCCGGCUGGAAGCCUGCACGGGUUCAUGACGACCCACAGCCUCUGUUGGAAUCAUUGAAAGCUCAAUGAACUACAUAGCGGUGUCUAGAUGACUCCAUUUCUUCUCCUCUUUCUUCUUUUUGUGCUAUUAGGCCCCUUUCAUUUUGAUUGAUGAUGAAAGAUCUUUGCUGAACGCGUUUUGGUUGAUACUUUCUUUAAUCUGUAGAGUGUCUAUAGUAGCUUUCUGUUGUCAUAAUCGUUGUCGGUAUGGUUUGGAGUAGAAAAUUUUUGGACCUCACUAUGGCUUAUGAUUUAUGAACCAUAUAUAGAAAAUCUGCAGUUCUUUUGAAAA